AUGAAAAAUUGGAUUAAAUUAAAGCUUACAGCAAUAGGAUGGUUCAUAUAUGGUAUGCCAAUUAGUGUAUUUUAUCGAUACCUUUGGUUAAGAAAUAAAACAUUACUUUUUAAAACUAUAGCUGUACAUUAUAUAAUACCAUUAAUUAUCGAAUUAUUACCAUGGUAUGCAUCAAAAAGAAAGAUUGGUAAUUACCUUAGAACAUCAAGAGUAGAGAUUACACAUACAAUGUCAACCAAUGGACCAUACUCCCAUUCUGCUGUAAUAAAAUAUGUACUUUUAACAAUAUACUAUGCAAUAUUAGAUAAUAUAAAUAGUCAUUUAAUUUCAAUUGUUUCAUUAGAAAAUAGAUUACAAAUUAGAAGAUUAGUAAUGGAGAAAUUGUUAUAUUCAGAGAUUGGUGCAUUUGAUUUCCUUAGAAAGAAAAAGAAUAUUGGUCCAGCUGAAUUAGAAUAUAAAUUAUCUUCUUCAAUUAAUACAACGAUUUCAUUCUUUACUUAUACAAUACCAGAUUUAAUAGCUUCAAUAUAUGCAUUUGUUAUUGAAGGUUCAGAAUUAUUAAAAAAAGGUCAUAAAAUCGAUCCAUUGAUUGUAUUACAUCCAAUAUUAAUUGCAAUUUAUCAAAAAGUUAGUCAAAAACUUAGAGAGAGAUUAGUUGAGAAUAAUCCAGAUUCAUCUAAAUUUAAAGAUCCUUAUAAUUCAGCAAUGAGUAAAAUGAUAUCAAAUACUGCCGAAGGCUUAUCAGAUAUUCAAAUUAAUAAUUUACAAGAGACUCAAUUAGGAUUAUUCGAUAAUUUAAUAGAGAAAGAGUUGAGUAAUACUCAAUCAUUCUCGACAUUAAUCUCUCGUACAUGGAGAUCAAUUCAUAAUCGUUCAUUAUUUGAAUUUGCUGCAGAGGUUUGGGUGGCUCAUAAAGUUAUGGAUCGUCAAAAAAUUGAUAAUCAACUUUAUCGUACAACUCUAUUAGACAUUAAUCGUGUCAUUAGAUUAGGUAAUCGGUUAUUCCAAUCUUUAGGUUCUUUUAAAAAUAUUUAUAAACAUCAAAAAAAAGUUAAAAAAUUAUUAAAUAUUCCAACUUUUAUUGAAGAAGAUAGUCAUUUAAAAUAUAUUUAUAAAUUUGAAGAAUUAAAAGUUUCAUCAGAUUUAAAAUUUUCAUAUGAAAAUAAAUUUUCAAGUGAAUUACCAUCAUUUCCAGUAUUAGAUUUACAGAAUGAAAUGGUGAUAUUGCCAAAUAAAAGGUAUGCAUUAAUUGGACAGAAUAGAAGUGGUAAAUCAACAUUGAAUCAUUUGUUAUGUAAAUUAUAUACACCAACCGAGGGUCAAAUCUCAAUGAAUGGUAUACCUUAUUCAGAGAUAUCAAGAUCAUCAAUUCGUAGAAUGAUCUCAUAUGUAUCACAACGUCCAUUCAUUUUUCCAGGUACAAUUAUGGAUAAUAUUAGAGUUGGUAAUCCAUCAGCUACCGAAGAACAAGUUUUAGAAGCCGCUGAUGCUGCUGGUGUUUUUGCUUUUGCUGAUGAUAAUAAUUUUAGUUUAAAACAAAGUUUUGAUUCAUUAUCUGAUACUUUUGAUCCUGAUAUGGAAAUACCACCAACUAUUUCACCAUUAUCAACUUCAUCAAAUAAUAUUAAUAAUACAACAACAACAACAACUAAUAAUAAUAAUAAUAAUAAUAAUAAUAAUAAUAAUAAUAAUAAUAAUAAUAAUAAUAAUAAUAAUAAUAAUAAUAAUAAUAAUAAUAAUAAUAAUAAUAAUAAUAAUAAUAAUAAUAAUAAUAAAAAUAAUAAUAAUAAUAAUAAUAAACCAACUACACCAACAUUUGUACCAUCUUCACCAAGUCAAUAUAGUACAAUUAAUAAAAGUACAAUUAUAAAUAAUAAUACAUUUAUACGUAGAAAUAGUUCAAUGUCACAAUUAAAUAAUAGUGGUGGUGGUAAUGUUAAUGGUAAUAAUAAUAAUAAUAAUAAUAAUAAUAAUAAUAAUAAUAUUAAUAUUAAUAAUAGUGGAGUUGGUGGUAGAAGAAAUAGUGUUAUGGAUUUACAAAAUAAACUUUUAAAUCAAUGUGAUGAAUCAGAAUCAAAUAAAUUAGUAAAGAGAGUUUGGUCAGUUUUAAAUUUAACAUCAAUUUCAAAUUCAGGUGGUGGUGAUGAAUCAGAUGAUGAUGAUGAAGAAGCAGAGAGAAAUCAAAGAUCUUUAACACCAAUUAUUGUACCACAAUUAAUUGAUGGUGGUCUUUCAAAUCAUCCAAUACUAAAUCAAGUUGUUGAAGCUGGUGGUAAGAAUAUCAGUGGUGGUUUUGCACAAUCGAUUGCAUUGGCUAGAAUUUUCGUUAGAACUGAAGCAAAGAUUGUGAUUUUGGAUGAAAGUAUGAGUCAAAUGGAUGCUUUCAAAAAGAGGGAAAUCAUAUUUCCAAAAUUAUUUGGUUUUGCUGAAAAACAUAAUAUCACUUUAAUUAUUGUCACACAUGAUUUAGCUUCUGUUCAAAAUACUGUCGAUCAUAUUUUCGUUUUAGAUCAUGGUAAACUUUGUCAUCAAGGUUCUCAUGAAGAAUUAAUGAAUGAAAAUGCUCAAGUUUAUUAUAAAUUGUUAGGUUUAAGAAAAAGAUUUAAAAAUCAAAGUUUUAAUAAUUUAAAUACAAACACUAAUAAAUAA